GGCCCCUCGAGGAAGAGUCUGGGGCGGGGGUUCGGAGACAUAGGCUGCCUACUGGAGAGCCAGUGGGGCCCGGGAGGAACGCGCUCGGGAGAGCUGGCUGCGCGCCCGGCCGCCUUGUCCCCGUUGGUCGGCUCCUGCUGGAGUGCAGGCCUCCCUGCAACAGGCUCCGCCUGCACUAGGGGGCAUCCCCUCUGCGCAGCCCUCUAUGAAGUCUGACCAGGUGGAAAGGCAGGUCAAAGAGUUAUGGUCACUUCUUUACACCCGGGGCCAGAGGGUCUUGUAAUCCGAUCCAUCCCGGCGGCUCCGCCCCGUGUGCGGCCCGGGCGCGGGGCUCUAGAGGCUCGAUCAGCAAAACGGGACUGGGGAUUGGCGAAUGGGCGCAAGGCAGACCUCCUGGCCCUCCUGCCUCAGGAUUAAUUGGAAUACCUCAAAAUGUCAGGUGUAGUCCCCACAGCCCCUAAGCAACCUACAGAUGAAAUGGGAAAUCAAUUAAAGUCACCUGAUCCAAGACCUGAUGCCCCUCCAGACUAUAAUUCCCAUUUUGUACCAGGACCCCCUGGAGCAUCUGUUCUUCCACCUGCAGGCUACCCAAGGGGCGUGCCUAUGGGAUAUUAUAAUCCACAGCAGCCCAGUGCCUUCCCGUACUGCCAGCCAACUGGUGGUACCCAUCCUAUCCAGUACCAGCCUGGCAACUAUCCAGUGCCAAGUCAGUCUGCUCCAAUAACAUGGAUGCCAGGGCCAACUCUUAUGCCAGACUGCCCUCCUGGUCUGGAAUACUUCACCCAGUUGGACAACAUACAUGUUCUUCAGCAUUUUGAACCUCUGGAAAUGAUAACAUGUUUUGAAACUAAUAAUAAAUAUGAUAUUAAAAACAACCUGGACCAGAUGGUGUACAUUGUAACCGAAGACACAGACGACUUUACCAGGAAUGCUUACCGAACACUAAGGCCCUUUGUCCUCCGGGUCACUGACUUUAUGGGCCGAGAAAUCAUGACAAUGCAGAGACCCUUCAGAUGCACCUGCUGUUGCUUCUGUUGUCCCUCCACAAGGCAAGAGCUAGAGGUGCAGUGUCCUCCUGGCAUCACCAUUGGCUUUGUUAUGGACCACUGGAACCUGUGCCGGGCGGUGUACAGCAUCCAAAAUGAGAAGAAAGAAAAUGUGCUGAGCAUUCGUGGGCCAUGCUCAACCUAUGGCUGUGGCUCAGAUUCUGUGUUUGAGGUAAAAGCCAUCGAUGGUGUCUCUAACAUCGGCAGUAUUAUUAGAAAGUGGAAUGGUUUAAUGUCAGCCAUGGGCAAUGCUGACCACUUUGACAUUCACUUCCCAUUAGACCUGGAUGUGAAGAUGAAAGCUAUGAUUUUUGGAGCUUGCUUCCUCAUUGACUUCAUGUAUUUUGAAAGAUCACCACAACAUUCAUCAAGAUAGAUGGACAAAGAAAAUCAGCAGUUAAUGGUUUUUUAAAAGUUAGAAAAGUUGGAUUGGGCUUACAGUCAACCCUCAAUUAUUUGCAAAUAUAUUUACCUGCUUUUGCAGAUUACUUUUAUUUCAUGUUAGCUCUGACAGGCAGCCUGAGAGUGUAAGAACACAGUCUAAUGUGCAUUUCAGUUGAGAAUCUGUCUCGUUGUCUACUUGUUAAACUAGGAGUUCAUCCUGAAAAAGCUUUGACUCAUUAACCCAGUAAAUGUAGAUAUGAUGAGCUGGAAAACACUUGAAUAUAAGAUAGGGGAAAAUGAAUCCCAGAGUUCUCACAUUAAUAGCUAAUGUUCAUCAACAUAUCCUCUCACCAACGACAAAUUUGACUCAAGGUGAAAAGAACAAUAUUCUUCAUCUUUAAAAACAAAAGGCAGGCAGGCAGAAGUAUUCUAUUUUAUUGUACAAGGAACAUUUUACCUGUGCUAAUGUAUCAACGCCUCAUUUUGCAAAAUUUAUAAAAGUUUCAAUGGAAAACUUGAUUUCAAUAUCAAAUAAAACUUUUUUAUCAUAAUGUUUAUGUUUUCCAUGCCUGUCCCCUUGUUCAUGGACAGUCAAAGAACUGCCUUAUACCAGGUGUACCAGUUAAUAAUGCAGAUUUUUUUCCCUAGAUGGAGUUAAACAUAUGUUGAUAUAUAUAUAUGCGAUUUGAUAUGUAUGCUAUUUUGUUGUAUUGACAGCAAGCUUCAAAACUUCAUGUCAAAUUUGCUGACGGUAUUAACAUCAUAGAUAUAUUUAUGCUUAAAAUGUGGAAUUUCAUGCCAAAAAAAAGAGAGCAUUUGUGGGAAAUUUUAAUUCAUUACUUUAUUUUGAAGAAAAGUGCCACUGAAAGUUAUUGUAUACUUUGGGAAGCUUAUAGUGAAACAUGCUUCAUCUCAAGAUACUUGUGAACGCUGGUUUAAAUGCUUUAAAAGUGAUGAUUUCGAUGUGAAAGACAAAGAACGUUCAGGUCAACUGAAAAAGUUUGAAGACCAAUAAUUACAAGCAUUAUUGGAUGAAGAUGCAUGUCAAACUCAAAAACAACUUGCAGAAAGAUUAAACGUUGCUCAGCAAACAAUUUCCGAUCAUUUACAAGCAAUGGGAAAGAUUUUAAAGGAAGGAAAAUAGGUGCCACAUCAACUGUACGAAAGACAAAUGGAAAAUUGAAAAGUCAUCAGUAAAAUGUUGCUUCAAGGGCAUGAAAGAAAGUCUUUUUUGCGUCGAAUUGUGACUGGUGAUGAAAAGUGGAUUUAUUUUGAGAAUCCCAAAUGCAUAAAUUCAUGGGUUGACCCUGGUCAACCAUCAACAUUGACUGCAAGGCCAAAUUACUUCAGAAAGAAGACAAUGCUCUGUGUUUGGUGGGAUAAGGAAGGUGUGUAUUGUGAGCUUCUAAAACCAGGUGAAACCAUUAAUACUGAUCGCUACUGACAACAAAUAAUCAAUUUGAACCACGCUUUGAUCGUGAAAUGACCAGAAUGUGCCAGAAGACAAGGCAAAGUAAUUUUGCUUCAUGAUAACGCACCAUCGCACACUUCAAAAUCAGUUAAAGACACGUUAAAAGAUCUUGCCUGUGAAGUAUUAACCCACCUGCUGUAUUAAUCAGACCUUGCUCCUUCAGAUUACACUUGUUCGUAUCAAUGGCACAAGCAGUUUCUAAGCAGCAUUUCAAAAUGUAUGAAGAAGUGGAAAAUUGUGUCUCUGAAUGGUUUGCCUCAAAACAAGGAAAGUUCUAUUGGGACAGUAUCCACAAAUUACCUGAAAGAUGGGGGAAAUGUGUAGCUAGCUAUGGACAUUACUUUGAAUAAAGCACUUUUGAUGUUUCUCUGAAAUUAUCAUGUUUUCUUUGAUUACAAAAUUCGCUAUUAUUAACCAGUACACCUGGUAUAUGAAGACAAGGUCAGACUAUCAGGAAAAAAGGUGACCAGGACCACAGCCACUCUAGAUAUCUUAGCAAUUUAGAGAUAUUGGUGCCCUUAUAAAAAG